CGUAAGAGAAAAAAAAGAAGUAUAAAUUUCGAGGGAGAAGAGAGAGCGCGAGACGGAACCCUUUCGCUCGUCUCUCUCGUCUCUCUUCCUUGAAACCCUAGCAUUCGUUGAUCUUCGUCGAGGAGGAGUGGGGGGUAAUGGAAUCCUUUGGAGAUUUGAAUUCGAACUCACAUGGGCAUCUGGAGAUCGGGGGACAACCACUUUCGAAGAAGGAAAAAGUCAUCAUCGAUACGGAUCCUGGGAUCGAUGAUAGCAUGACUAUUUUGAUGGCUUUUCAAACACCAGAGAUUGAGAUUCUAGGUUUGACAACAAUUUUUGGCAACGUCAGUACAGAAGAUGCGACUCGCAAUGCUCUGCUUUUGUGUGAGAUUGCAGGGCGUUCUGGACUUCCGGUGGCACAAGGUAGUGAUGAGCCUUUGAAGAGGGGGAAGCCACGAAUUGCUGAUUUUAUUCAUGGUUCUGAUGGGUUGGGGAAUAUAUCACUUCCCCCUCCUAAAGGAAAAAGGAUCGAGAAAGGUGCCGCUGAAUUUUUGGUUGACAAGGUUUCUGAGUUCCCAAAUGAAGUAUCUAUACUGGCAUUGGGACCUUUAACAAAUUUAGCAUUGGCCAUCAAAAGGGACUCGUCCUUUGCUAGCAAGGUUAAGAGGAUUGUUGUCCUUGGCGGGGCUUUCUUUGCAUCUGGGAAUGUGAAUCCUGCUGCGGAAGCUAAUAUUUACGGGGACCCUGAAGCUGCUGAUAUUGUGUUCACAUGUGGAGCAGAUAUUCUUGUUGUCGGAAUAAAUAUCACCACCCAAGUUUGUUUAAAAGAUUCAGACCUCCUUGAGUUGAGAAACUCUAAAGGAAGAUAUGCGCAGCUCCUAUGUGAUAUGUGCCAAUUCUAUAGGGAUUGGCAUGUAAAAUCUGAUGGUGUCUACGGUAUUUUUCUGCACGACCCUGUUUGUUUUGCUGCACUGGUUCGACCGGAUUUAUUUUCAUUUAAGAAGGGUGUUGUAAGAGUUGAGACACAAGGCAUCUGUGUGGGACAUACCCUAAUGGAUCAAGGAUUGAAGAACUGGAACAGCAGUAACCCAUGGUCUGGCUAUUCACCGAUCUCAGUAGCAUGGUCAGUUGAUGUUCCCAGGGUUAUUUUAUUCGUUAAAGAGCUGCUCAUGAAACCUUGAAAUUUGAAUAUGAUUAUGUGUGAUCUAUUGAAUUAUUAUGUAUUCUGAAUACAUUACUUGUCUUGUUUAUUCAAAUGACAUUCGUCCACUUUUAAAAGAAUUCAAUCUUUGGA